AUACUAUGGCCGCGCCUGUUGUGAGUGCCCAGCGCGCCCCAAGCGUUACACCGACUCCCGGCCUCAGCUGGGAGCUACGUGACCACGGUGAAUUAUAUGAAGGAGCUGAAGCAGUGUGUGUGUGUGUUGGCAGGUGGCGUGUGUUGCUUGAUGGGGUGGGCACGGCCCUGGCCUCAUAUGCUGCGGGCAAGCUGUGGUGCCUGCUGUGCCUGGCGCUGCGGCCGGCCAGGCCAGGCAAGCCGAGUAAGGGGCGUUCCAGCGUUUGCUGCCAUAGUUGCCGCACUAUGUUUAUAGUCAAUGAUGGCUUUGUUAUUCGCAAGAAAGGUGGCAAGUGCAUGGGCAAGCUGACGGAGCUGGCGGUGGUGGCGCGCAAGGUGAUUGCGAAGGCGGCGGCUAAGGAGAAGGAGAAGCAGCAGCUGGCGGAGGAGGAGAAGGCGAAGCAGGCUAAGGAGGUGCUGAUCAUUAGCGACAGUGACUGAGGCGUCAUAGGUUUAGACAAGAACUAACAGGAGAAUUGCAGGGAAGCGCUGUGGCACGGUGCCGCGUACUGCCAUCAUGUACGAGGCAGUGAGGCGGCGAGGCAGUGAAGCGGUGUAUAUGAUAUGUAAACACUCCUGCUC